AUUGGACAAAUUUAGUAAAUUGUUUGAUAUAACGAAGUCAUGUGUUAUGCUAGCAAUGGCCACCUUUUUUAUGGUAAGUGGUUUGCUUCAAGCAAAUGGACAGUUAGGCCGUUCGCAUGGGACGGAUACCACUUCAGCCGUCAAUUAUUUGUUUCCGAUCCGCAAAAUCAUUCACCGAUUCGUACGUCUAAUGCCAUCCGUCGGCGCUGUCAUUGCAUUUGCCAUACUUUUAGAGAUGUUUGGGUCGGGGCCCGAGUGGCACCAGUAUAUAAAUACUAACUCUGGAGUAUGUCAUCACAAUUGGUGGGCCACCAUGCUCAAUUUGAAACCGUUUAACGGGAUUGGCACUGCCCAAUUCUGA